AUGGAGAGAUCCGCCAAACAGCUCAAACUUGCUAAGGCUACAGGAGAAAGAAUUGCCUCGGUGCUGCCCGACGACUCGCGGACCUGGUGGCAGAGACCAAACCUGCUUAAACUCUAUUUGUUGCUGUGCAACUUUGUUCUCUUUGCUUCGUCGAUCGGCUAUGAUUCCGCAAUUACCAACUCAAUUCAGAAUAUCCCGGCCUGGCUUACGUUCAUGAACGACCCAACAGGUACCUGGCUCGGAUUCAUCUCUGCUUCGCCGUUUGUUGGUACCUGUGGUACCAUUUUCUUCGUCCCCUGGAUCUGUGACCGAUUUGGGAGAAAAGUUGUGAUCUACAUGACCGUGCUGUGUAUUUGGAUUGGUUCGAUUCUGGGAGCUGCCGCCAAAAACCCAGCUACCUACAUCGUGUCGAGAAUCUUUAUGGGAUUCUCCUUCUCGUGCAACUAUGCCGCUUCGGUGUGGAUCUCGGAAAUCGCCUACCCAACCACUCGUGGAAAAUUCUCUGCUGCUUACCACGCUAUUUAUUAUUUCGGAUCCGUUCUGUGCGCCUGGGUGGUCUUUGGCACCCAGUACAUCAAGGAUGACAACUCGUGGCGAAUCCCCCUGGCUCUCCAGGCCGCAAUUCCCACCUGUCUGCUGCCUGCUCUGAUUUACGCUCCUGAGUCGCCAAGAUGGCUGAUUUCCGUCGGCAAGGUGGACCAGGCACGUCGCGUCUUGCUCAAGUUCCAUGCAAACUACGAGGAAGAAUACCUGCCGCUAGUCGAGCUCGAGAUGCAGGAGAUUACAGCCGGUAUCGAGGCGCUGCGUGCCAACAACAUUUCCUCGUGGAAAUCUCUCAUCUCCACACCGGGAAACCGCAAACGUUUGUUUAUUUCGUGUUUCCUCGGUAUUGCCUUUGCGUGGAACGGACAGGGAAUUGUCACCUGGUACUUGAGCAGUGUUCUGACAUCUGUCGGUAUCACUGCCACCUGGAAAAAGACCCUGCUGAACGCGUGUAUUCAGCUGUUCAACCUCUUGGUUGCAAUUACAGGAGCCGUUCUGGUCGACUUCGCUGGUCGCAGAACGCUGUUCCUCUAUGCCACCGCGGGUCUCUUCUUCUCCUUCAUCGGUCUCACCACCAUCACGGCAGUGUACGCCCAGCUCCACAGAAACAUUGGUCAGGCAAUCAUUGUGUUCAUCUUCCUCGUUUAUGCUUUCCAAGCCAUCGCGUAUGCCCCGAUGAUCACCUCCUAUCCGUCGGAGCUUUGGCCACAGGCCACACGGUCCAAGGGUCUGUUCACGGCAAUGUUUUUCCUGAACGGGGCUACCUUCUUCAACAUUUUUGUCAACCCAAUAGCCUUGGAUGCAAUCACAUGGCGCUACUACUGUAUUUAUUUAGGAGUCCAGGUGGUGAUCUUUGCUGUUAUCUACUUCACCUUCCCAGAAACCAAGGGCUACUCAUUGGAAGAGAUUGCCCUCAUUUUUGACAAGGACGAGGUUACCCAGGCUGGCCUGGAAACCGAUCUCCCGGAAAAAGUCACCUCCCGAGUGAGCGUGAAAGAAAUCUCUGACUAG